AUGGCGUCCUCAACACCGAUCACUCUGCCGAACGGCCGCGAGUACGAGCAACCUACAGGCCUUUUCAUCGACAACCAGUUUGUUCCAGCCUCUGGCGAUGAAUUCGCCAUUACCAACCCUGUAACCGAAGAAGAAGCGCUCAGAUUGAAGGGUGCCUCAGUGGAAGACGUUGACAAGGCUGUCGCCGCGGCACGCAGAGCCUUCAAUGGCGAAUGGUCCGACCUAGCCGCCGUCGACAGGGGCGCGUUCUUAUAUAGACUCGCCGAGCUCAUCGACCGCGACCGAGAGCUGAUUGCCGCCAUUGACGCCUUCGACAAUGGCAAGCCGUACAGUGCCGCCCUGGCCGGCGACCUUGACGAGUCCUACAAUGUCUUCCGAUACUACGCCGGCGCCGCCGACAAGAUCACGGGCCGCACCAUCGAGACGGCCCCCACCAAGCUGGCCUACGUCCUGCAGGAGCCCCUCGGCGUUUGCGCCCAGAUCAUCCCCUGGAACUUCCCUUUCAUGAUGCUCGCAUGGAAGGUCGCCCCGGCUCUGGCCUGCGGAAACACGGUCGUGCUGAAGCCUGCCGAGCAGACGCCCCUGUCGGCGCUUUACUUUGGCAACCUCGUCAUCGAGGCUGGCCUGCCCGUUGGCGUUGUCAACAUUCUGCCUGGUUUGGGGCCUGUCGCGGGCAAGGCUCUUGCCGGACACAUGGAUGUCGACAAGGUGGCCUUUACGGGGAGCACCAACACGGGUCGUGCCGUGAUGAAGGAGGCUUCGAACAACCUGAAAAACAUCACCCUCGAGUGCGGCGGCAAGAGUCCGUCCAUUGUUUUUGAGGAUGCUGAGCUCGACCAGGCCGUCAAGUGGUGUCACUUUGGCAUCAUGGACAACAAGGGCGAGGUCUGCACGUCGACGUCGAGGAUCUACGUCCACGAGGCCAUCUACGACGCCUUUCUCGACAAGUUCAUCGAGGUCACCAAGGAAAACGCGAAGCUCGGUGACGCCUUUGACGAGCAGGUGGUGCAGGGCCCUCAGGUGUCUAAGGUGCAGUUUGACAGAGUCAUAUCGUACAUUGAGGAGGGCAAGAAAGCCGGAGCCCGACUGCUGUACGGCGGCAGCAGGCACGCCGACAAGGGUUACUUCUUGGAGCCCACCAUCUUUGCUGAUACCACCGAGGACAUGCGCAUCGUCAAGGAGGAAAUCUUCGGCCCCGUAGUGGUCAUCUCCAAAUUCAGCAACGACGCCGAGGUCAUUGCCAAGGCCAAUGACACGUCGUACGGCCUCGCAGCAGCUCUGUUCACCCAAAAGAUCGGCCGCGCGCACAGGGUUGCGCGCAAGCUGCAGGCGGGCAUGGUAUGGAUCAACUCGUCAGGCGAUUCACACUUUGGUAUCCCCUUUGGCGGAUACAAGUCUUCCGGCAUUGGACGAGAGCUGGGACAGUACGCGCUCGACGCGUACACGCAGAGCAAGGCCGUGCACGUCAACCUGGGUGUCGAGCUGUAG